AUGGUGAACGCCCCUGAGAACGAGAAAGCGAAGCGCUACAUCCAGCAAUUGGACGAGGCCAGAUGUGCUGGACGAUGGGCCGAUGUGCCUGAGCUGUGCAGGAAGGUAGAGAAACACGCACCGCACCGGAAGUGCCUCACCACUACAGCCCGCUCCGAAACACAGAUAGCCGCCUAUAGUACCCAGCGCCCCUCGACUGCCUCCUCGACCGCUUCCGCUGGGCUGUCGCAGAUUGUCCCCUCCCUGCUUGCCGCCAUCGAUGAAGACAGCAGCCACGACCAAGAUGUCUUCCAGGCCACCGUGUGUAUUGCAUGGACGCACUACGUACUUGAUGAGCAUGCUCAGGCUGUAUCACGACUUCCAAAGGACUUUGGAGUCGUUGCAACAGAGCUGUCGGGCGAGGCAGGAGGCUCGCUACAUGGAUGGUCCCGGGUCUGCUUGGUAAAGGGCUCAUACAUUAGAGGUUCCGCCCUUGAAAAGACAGGCGCAGUCGGCGAGGCAGUCACAGCCUACUCGUCUAUAAUGCCAUGGCUGUCCAGCGCCAUUACACCCAGCACCGAAUCUGCCCAAUUCCACAUGUGGGGUGAACAUUCCAUUGUCCGACUCUGCCAGCUGUCCGACCAGUCUACAAGCACUGGCGAAAACGUCACCGCCUUCGAUGCCCUACGAACCUACCGGUACUGGGCCAAGUUCUGGGAUGCCUCGUCCAAGAACAAUACAACCGACAUAGCCGAUUCGGCACAGCACCGACGACUGGCAUGGAAAGCAUACUACGACUCGCUCUCCGUUAUCCUGCGUCGAAACCUUCCGUACGAGCCUGACUCUACGCCCGUCAUCGCAGAGAAGCCUUCUUCAAACCCUCGCUCUGACAUACGAUUGCGGCAACGAGCAGAACUCAAGCGAGUAGAAACUAUCUAUGAAAAUCUUCUGAUCAAGGAGACAAAGUUUCCCAAGGCCAGUGAAACCAAUCACGAAGUUGAAUCAUGGGUGGACUCUGUCAUGGACAACUGGCGCCUCCUCUGUGGCCCAACGUGGUCCGACGAGGAUCUUGGUGAAGGAGGCAAGGAGGGCGUUGCUCGAGGUGUAUUAGAUAUUCUCUACCGAGCAGCCACCAAGACAUAUCACUCUACCCAAAUACUGCGCAACUUGUUCGUCGUCCACGCAUCGCUCGCCGAGCCUGAGUUGGCGUACAAAGCCUACGAUGCUUACGUAGAGAUCAUCCAACGGAACAAGGACCGAGCUGAAAAGAGUGGGGAACCCGAAGCAGGUAUAGACGAUGACGGCACCGUCUUGCGAACGUCAGCAGAAGCCAUUAGGAUGCUUUGCCGCUGGGGAUCCAAGAAGGAAGCCGAAAAGGCGCUCGAGAUUGGCCACAGUAUCGAGCACUGGUUGGAACAGGCAGAACACCGUCGUGCGGCAAAGGGUGACGCGUCUGUUGCCUCGGCAGAACCAGUGGUCGAGCCCACGGCUCUAGCAGCAGCAUACUGCGCUAUCGGCGUGAGCCAAGCUCACUGGGCAAGGCUGACUUAUGAUGUUGAAACACGUUCAAGCAUCCAAACCAAGGCUGUACAGUACCUUCGUAAGGCGCUUUCACCACAGCUUGGCAACGAAAACAAUGUGGAUGCUCUUUAUGCUCUAGCAUUGGUGCUGGCAGAAGUGCGAGACAUUCCAGGCGCAAUCAAGAUUGCCAAACGUGCCUUGUCAUCAGGCGCUAAAGGUACCGCAAUCAGUACUGACGGAGUGCUUUCCGAUGGUAUUACCAGCGAGUUUGGCCGAGAGCGCAAGUUGAUGCCAGUAUGGCACCUUCUUGCUUUGUUGCUGACAUCACGAUCUGACUUCGCUGCGGCCGAGCGAGCUUGCGAAGCGGCUUUCGAGCAAUUUGGCGAUCCCACCGUUAUGUUCGGCCUUGGUGACUCAGGCGCCUACCGUAGUGAGCAUCUGAACGAUGCUGUUGGCCAAGAUAACCCGGACUCGGGCGUCGUAGAUCGCAUGGAGCGCUUUGAGAAGAGCAAUAUUUUGCAGAUUAAGAUGACGCAGUUGGCGCUUCUCGAGAUCACAGAUGGUGCCACUGCAGCCGUAGAUGGAUGCGAUGAAUUGCUGGCGUUAUAUGGUCGACUUUUCGGCGACCCAACGGCAGAUGUGAUCAAGCCGCCAACUCCUGUUGCAGCUUUGGCGCCACCCAAAACUGCCAUUGGUACCGGGCGAGGGAGCAUCUUUCGGGGGAGAGGCUCGGUCAGGGUACAGCAAGACAACGCCGCUCGCAACGCAUCCGCUGUCAGCGCGAAAACAGCCACCACACAGCCAGAUCAGGCUCCAGCUAUCCAAGUAACCAACAAUGAAUCUGCGGCAGAUCCCAAUUCCCAUUAUCGACAUCUCUUUCAUCACAAGCAUGAAGAUGGACAGGCUGGUGUUACGCGAACUGCCAGCAAAUUGCAGAAGCGGCGUUCACGUUCGGCUAGUCUUGGCAAAGCCUCUAUCCCAGAGACUGACCUAGCCCAAGAAGUUCCACCGCUGCCAGGAACUGGGGUUGAUGGCUCUGCUCUACCUAGUGCUUCCAAAAAGUCCAAUGAGAACGGAGAGAGACCUCUACGAUCUAUCCCUCAUAAUCUUGAACAUUCCACUCCACCGCUAGCGCACGACCACCCCCCUAGGCAAGAUAUGCGUUUGCCUUCUGCGCUCCCGCGUGCAGACUAUGUGCCUUCCGAUCCUUACUUUUCGAAGAUCCAAGAGCGUCGACAAAAAGUCUCAUUACUAGUCAGUAUAUGGAUCUUCAUCUCACGGCUAUAUGCAAGGGCACACAUGUUCCAGGAUGCAAGAGAAGCUGUAGCAGAGGCAUUAAAGUUGGUGGAGACGUUUGAGGCAGAGGUAUCUGUAGAGUCAGCCACAGCAAAGGCACUUGCAGACAAGGGAUGGGGCAGUGGGAAGAGUGUGGAAGAGCUAUGGGCCGACGUAUUUGCUACGCGCGGAGAGCUGCUCGUUGCUCAAUCAAUGCCCCAUGAGGCUCGCGCAGACUUUGAACGAGCUCUACAACAUUUCCCCGACCAUCCUGAAGGUAUUGUGGGUUUAUCAAACAUACUUUUGGAUAUCUACAAUGAGGCAAUACCCCUGGAGCCGGUCAAUGUUGCAGCAGCACUAUCUUCGUCCCGGCCAACCACGGCCGCUUCCGUUCAAACCAGUCCGUCCAUCACAAAGUCGCAAUAUCUUACCUCGCACACCCCUUCCGCUGAGAAUCAGCUCUCUCCGCCCGAGUUGACUCGUCUUGCAGCGCGUGAUCGUGCUUUUGGGCUGCUCUCAACCCUCACCAAACUUGGCGCUGGCUGGGACUACUCGGAGGCAUGGUACGCGCUGGCCAGAGCUUACGAGGAGAGCGGACAGAUUGAAAAGACAAAGGAAGUCCUUUGGUGGUGCGUGGAACUCGAAGAUACGCAUCCUAUGCGAAGUUGGCAGAGUGUAAAUACUGGCGGCUUUGUUCUGUAG